AUGGGCUCUAACACCACAACUUCUUCCAUCAUUUUCCUGCUCACUGGUGUGCCCGGGCUGGAAGCCUUCCACUCCUGGAUCUCCAUCCCCUUCUGCUUUCUCUAUGCAACUGCCCUCUCAGGGAACAGCCUGAUUCUCUUCGCCAUUAUCACUCAGCCCAGCCUCCACGAGCCCAUGUAUUAUUUCCUUUCCAUGCUGUCCACCACUGACCUCGGGCUGUCCAUAUCCACUCUGGCCACCAUGUUGGGGAUAUUCUGGUUCAAUGCCAGAGAGAUCAGCUUCAAUGCCUGCUUGUCCCAGAUGUUCUUCAUUAAACUCUUCACUGUCAUGGAAUCCUCAGUGUUGUUGGCCAUGGCUUUUGAUCGUUAUGUGGCCAUCUCUAAUCCCCUUAGGUACGCCACUAUUUUAACUGAUUCCAGAAUAGCUCAAAUUGGAGUAGCAAUUGUCAUCAGAGGGACUGUAAUGCUGACACCAAUGGUUGCACUUCUUAAGAGACUAACCUUCUGCAACAGCCAUGUGCUCCACCACUCCUACUGCUUCCACCCAGAUGUCAUGAAGCUCUCAUGCACAGACACCAGGAUCAACAAUGUAGUUGGACUGACUGCCAUGAUUUCUACUGUUGGUGUGGACUCGGUCCUCAUCCUCCUUUCUUAUGUCCUGAUUAUUAGGACCGUCCUCAGCAUUGCUUCCCCAGAAGAGAGGAAGAAAGCCUUCAGCACAUGUAUCUCCCAUAUAGGAGCUGUAGCUAUAUUCUAUAUUCCAUUGAUCAGUUUGUCCUUUGUUCACAGAUUUGGGAAACGAGCUCCACCCUAUGUCCAUACCAUGAUUGCUAACACCUACCUGCUGAUCCCUCCUGUCAUGAACCCCAUCAUCUACAGUGUGAAGACCAAGCAGAUACGUAAAGCUGUGAUAAAAGUUCUCCAUUCUAAAAAAAUAUAGACUCACAAAAGCGUAGAGCUAGAUGGCUUGUUUCAGGCCAUAUAGUUAGUUAAUGUUAGAAUUCAUCAAAUGUCAGCUACUUUAACCCCUUAUUUCACAGAUGAGGAGACACUCAUAUAUAAUUAGGAAGCGAUAACAGUAGAUAGCUUUAUGUCUAGAGUUUUUCCUUGCCAUUUUUUUUUGUUCUAAGCUAGUAUUUCUAUCCCUGUCAACAGCCCUUUUAUUCUUACCUCAUUGUAGCAGUUAAAAUUUUCAUAUUAAAUCAUCCCUUUGUAGAAAAAUAGGUAGCAUUUUCUAACUAUCUGCCAUCCACUGUUCAAAGGAACU